ACCAAUUACCAAGAUGGCCACUUCCAUGCCAGAUGAAGAUCUCGAAACAAUGGAACCUUCUAUCCGAAAUAUAAUUGACCAAAAAUCACUGAAGUGGGUCUUUGUUGGUGGUAAAGGAGGUGUUGGAAAGACAACAUGCAGCUGUAGCCUCGCUGUCCAGCUAUCCAAACACAGGGAGUCUGUUCUCAUUAUCUCAACGGACCCCGCCCACAACAUCUCAGAUGCCUUUGAUCAGAAAUUUUCCAAGGUUCCUACCAAGGUCAAUGGCUUCCAGAACCUCUUUGCCAUGGAGAUCGACCCUAACCUUGGUAUAGGUGACCUGCCAGAUGACUACUUUGAAGAUGAUAAUCCCUUGUCAGUUGGAAAGCAUGUCAUGCAGGAAUUACUUGGUGCGUUUCCUGGUAUUGAUGAAGCCGUCAGCUUUGCUGAAGUCAUGAAAUUGGUGAAAAACAUGAACUUCUCAGUGGUAGUGUUUGACACAGCGCCGACAGGUCAUACCCUCAGACUUCUAUCCUUCCCUUCACUCGCGGAGAAAGGACUUACCAAACUCCUAAAACUCAAAGCACAGUUCAACCCUUUCAUACAACAGAUUGGUGGUAUGCUAGGAAUGGCUGAUUUCAGUGCUAAUGACAUGUUAUCUAAACUAGAGGAGACAGUGCCUGUUAUAAGGAGUGUUAAUGAAGCUUUCAGAAAUCCUGAUCAGACUACAUUUGUAUGCGUGUGUAUAGCAGAGUUCCUCUCCCUCUACGAGACUGAGAGAUUGGUCCAGGAGUUAGCCAAGUUUGGGAUCGAUAGUCAUAACAUCAUCGUUAAUCAGCUUCUAUUCCCAGAUGAUGUCAGGAGUGCAUCGCAGUGUAAGAUGUGCCAGUCAAGAUACAAGCUGCAACACAAAUAUCUAGAACAGAUUGAAGACCUGUAUGAAGAUUUUCACAUCACCAAACUGCCAUUGCUGGAGCACGAGGUGAGAGGGACGAAUAAAGUCUUAGACUUCUCCUCAAAUCUUGUAGUACCAAGGCCUGCAUCCAUGUUCACCCAAAACGCUUCCACUACCUAGCGAAAAUGACGUUCUCCGUUGUCUGUCUGUCUAUAUUUAUCAUAUUCCUUUCAAGGUAACCAGAGCUCUGUUUCAUGGACUAGGCAGUAAAGGUCAAGGUCCUAGUGCUGGUCAAUAUUUCGAUAUCAGAAUUGUGCGAUAUUGAAAAAAAUAUUGAAUAUUCAAUACCCGGGGGG